GAUUACGAACGAUGCUCUCUAUUGCUCUUCCCCUCUUUUUUUUUUCUUUUUUCUUUUCCUUUUUUCUUUUAGUCAGCUAAAUAGCGAAAUUGAGAAUCGUUAGCUGCGUGCGUCUAGGGUUUAGAUUUAUCAAGAGAAUCAUCGUCGCUUCGAAUCCCCCCAAAUCAAACACGAUUCGUAGCAUCUCUGCGUCCGUUCUCGUUCACUGAUCUGAUUUUGCAGCUAAAAUGGUGGAGUCCGAUGAUGGAGUUGAUUUCAAGGCUUAUAGUCCGAUCGAGAGCUCUCUGUUUUCCUUUCAAUGUGUUUGGUCCACGAAGAAGAAGAGAAGUUCGAAAUUAGUCAAGUCCAAAGAGUUCAGCAGGAAAGAGGAGAGAGAGAGAGAGGGAGGCAUGAGGCCGCGUCCUGUGAUAUUCAGAGUCUAUAGUAGGAAAAGGAAUCGGCUUUCGCGUGUGGAUAAUGUCUCAGCAGACGGAGUUGAAGUUAUUCUUAAAGAAGCACCAUCUCAUGAGAAACUGCAACACUCUGAUCAUGAUGAUCAUGAUGGUAUGUUAUUAGGUGAUUGGAUUAAACAAAAGAGGAAAGAAUCCGAGGUGACGACUGUGUCUGUAACGAAAGUGGAACCUUUAGAAGAUACAAUAUUACCUAGUUGGAGUCGUAGGAAGAACAGACGCAGAGUAGGAGUUGAGGUUAAAUCUGUUAUGAAAGUGGAACCUUCUGAGGAUCAUGGAAGAUCCACUGGUAGAAAGAGAGACAGACGCCAAGUGGAACAUGAAGAAGAUGUGGCUUGGGAAGAAGAACUUCAAAUGAUUUCUAAGAUCCAGGCAACAAAGCCAAGAAGAAGAAGAAGAGGUUCCCACAGUCCUGAGCAUGUCACAUUUGUUAGUGGAUCACGCUCACGUUCGCCAGAUUCAGAGGUGUCAGAUUCCCUUCUGAAAAAUGGGUGUUCUGAUGACCCUGAAAGCAUGAAAACUUCUUCAAAGGAAUCUAAGGAACGCAUUCCCAUUUGCCAUCAGUGUUUGAAAGGGGAAAGGAUAACACUUCUCGUUUGCAGUGAAUGUGAAGAGACAAUGUAUUGUCUUCAAUGUAUAAGGAAAUGGUAUCCACAUCUAUCUGAGGAUGAUAUCGUUGAUAAAUGUCCUUUCUGCCACAAAAAUUGUAAUUGCAACAGAUGCUUGCAUUUGAAUGGUUUAAUCGAGACAACGAAGAGGGACCUCGCGAAUUCUGAAAGACGCCAUCAUCUCCAAUACUUAAUUGCUUUGAUGCUUCCAUUUUUGAAUAUGUUAUCCCAGUCCCAGAAUCAAGAGAUUGAAACUGAGGCAAACGCUCAAGGAUUACAGCCUUUUGAAGUUGACGUAACUAGCGCAGUGAGCUACUGUGAUGAACGUGUAUAUUGUGAUCAUUGUGCAACUUCAAUUGUUGACUUGCACCGGAGCUGCCCAAAGUGCUCUUUCGAGCUUUGUUUGAACUGUUGUCAAGAGAUUCGCGAAGGUUCUAUGUCCCAACGCCCUGAAACGAAGCUGCAGUAUGUUAAUAAAGGAUACAAGUACAUGCAUGGUUUAGAAAUGGAACCGAGCUCCUCUUCUGUUUCCGAGGAGGAUGAAGAAGCUAACACAUCCGCAAAGUGGAAUGCUGGUUCCGAUGGAAGCAUCCCUUGUGCACCAAAAGAGCUAGGUGGUUGUGGUGAUUGUAUGUUGGAGCUUAAGCGAAUCCUACCACAGAACCGGAUCUCAGACUUGGAACAAAAGGCAGAGGCUUUCUUGGCAUCAUACGAUAACAGCCCUCGAGUGUCGAAAUGUAAAUGUUCUGCCUUGGAGACAGAUAUGACAAGGAAAACAGCUUCUAGGAAUGGAUCAACCGACAACUACUUGUUCUGUCCACGAUCUCUUGAUGUUUUGAAGGAAGAAGGGCUUCUGCAUUUUCAAGAGCAUUGGAAAAAGGGUGAACCGGUAAUCGUUGGGAACGCUCUUGAUAACACACAUGGUUUAAGCUGGGAGCCGAUGGUUAUGUGGAGGGCGUUAUGCGAAAAUUUGGAUUCAACAGCAAGUUCUAAGAUGUCUGAAGUGAAAGCUAUUGAUUGUUUAGCUAAUUGUGAGGUGGAGAUCAAUACUCGUCAUUUCUUUGAAGGUUAUAGCAAAGGAAGAACGUACGGAAACUUCUGGCCUGAGAUGUUAAAGCUAAAGGACUGGCCUCCUUCUGAUAAGUUCGAAGAUCUUUUACCUCGUCACUGUGACGAGUUCAUAUCCGCAUUGCCUUUUCAAGAAUAUAGCGAUCCUAGAACCGGGAUUCUGAACAUUGCAGCAAAGCUUCCUGAAGGACUUAUCAAACCAGAUUUGGGUCCGAAAACGUACAUUGCCUACGGGAUUCCAGAUGAGCUUGGUAGAGGUGACUCCGUGACUAAGCUUCACUGCGAUAUGUCAGACGCGGUUAAUAUUCUGACGCAUACAACUGAAGUAACAUUAAGUCAAGAACAGAUAUCUGCAGUCAAAGACCUGAAGCAGAAACACAAGGAACAGAAUAAGCUAGAGGAACAGGGCAGUGGAGACAAAGACAUUGCCUGCGGCCGUGAGGAAGAAGGAAUGGACAUGCCAGAGAUUAUGAGCUAUGAAAAACAGCAGAAUCAUGACGAAACAGGAAGUGCUCUUUGGGACAUUUUUAGGAGAGAAGAUGUUCCAAAGUUAGAAGAGUAUCUAAGAAAGCAUUGCAAAGAAUUUAGACACACUUUUUGUUGUCCGGUUACAAAGGUUUAUCACCCGAUACACGACCAAUCAUGCUAUUUAACCGUAGAGCAUAAAAGAAAACUCAAGGCGGAGUUUGGGAUCGAACCAUGGACAUUUGUGCAAAAGCUAGGAGAAGCUGUGUUUAUUCCUGCGGGUUGCCCUCAUCAAGUCCGGAAUCUAAAGUCGUGCACCAAAGUUGCAGUUGACUUUGUGUCACCAGAGAACAUCCAUGAGUGUCUACGUCUCACCGAAGAGUUUCGUCAACUUCCCAAGAACCACAAGGCCAGAGAGGACAAACUUGAGACGGAGAGAACCUCGGCAAAGUGAUAAACGAAGACAACUAAAUCGGUUAGUUCCGUCGGCUUUGGAGAAGCGAUGAGGCCUUGGGAAGGCGGUGAAGGAGGAAGUCGGCUCUUAGGGUUUUAGAGGAGCCAGAUCUAGUUUUUCCCUUUUUAGAUCUUCUGCGACUCCGGCUUCGGCGACGAUGUACUGAGACGUCUUCUCAAGCUUGGAUCUUCGUCCCCCGGGGUGGUGAGACAACCAGAGAAGAUUUGGUCGGACUGUGAACAGAAGCUAUGUCUCCCGGUUCUCGCGGAUAUCAUGUAUUGAGGUAAGCACCGAGGGAGUUGUCAACCGUAGGUGCUCGCCUCUCGAUGGUACAUGGCGGAGCUGCUACAUCCCAGCGUCAGAGGAGGUCGGUUGUGGUCUCUGGCGGUAUUAGCUCUGCACUUCUGGAGAUGAACUGUUGAACCGUCACAGUGUUUGUCGCUGAGUCCCGCUUUUCAGUCCGGAUCUCUGUGUCCGAUUUAUGGCUGAGGACUGAACAUUGACCAACCGAGGUAUGCGGCUAUAUUGAGAACGCGCCUUUUGGUGAAGAUGCAUUUGGGUCACAAUCAUCACGCCUAUCUUUUGGUACCACUUGCUAGAUUAAUAAUUGGAUUCUCGUAUUCAGUCAUGUAUCUCGGCUGUUAGUAGAUGUUGUCAUGUCUCGAAGUCGAAUUUAGGAGGUUGAAGAGAUGAAUCACUUCGGGUUUUGGGGUGAUUUCAUUCUCACAGUGGUCCAAUAUACAAUGGGGGUUUCAAUUAGGUAGGAUUGAGUCCAACUUAGUGACUAAAUUCGGUACUAGAUUGCCUCAUUGUAUCAGUGGUAUAAACACUUGUGGUCAAGUACUUGUAUCUAGAUUAUUGGUGAAAUGAAUGUUGUUGAUGAGUCGAAAAAAAAGACAACUAAAUCAUAAAAAAAGAUAGAUGCGAUAAAUGAAGAAGAGACCCGUAGAGAAACUUCACUUUGUAUCAUAAAGCCGUCGACGUUCGAAUUAGCAGAAUAGAGUAAGAAAACAAAACUGACGUUGAAGUAUCCAACUAAUGGGGUUUGAGAUCGGUGGUAGACCGUCUCAAAUAUGGUGCUAGGAUCUCUGAAGAGAGAGAGAGAGAGAGAGAGAGGUGGUGGAUGAUUCUCCAUAAAUUUUCCUUGGUAAAAAAGAUGGAGCACGAAACUCCGUUUCUAAAGAACUCAGCAGGGGAGUAGCAAAUGUAGCGCGACAAAGGAGAUGAUGGACGUAAAUCGUAGCAGCUAAAAGUAGAAUCAUGAACUUUGGCUCUAAAGAGCUCGUCGGGAAAGACAUUGAACUUGACAAGGAGCCUCAUCGUAACAGUUCUAGACUUGAUAUUGAUGUGUGGCUGCAAAGAAGCCGGUUAAGCUGCAAGGUUUGGGGGUUGAUAGUGCAAGGAGAGGGUCGGAAUAGUUUGUGCACAGAUAUAGCUCUUUCAAUACAAGUAUUCUUAAUGGGCCUUGUUGUGUAAGUAGGCUUUGAAGAUGGGCUGUGAUAGACCCAACCAUGAGCCAAGCCCACACACGUAUGAAAGAGAGUGAAUCUCGAGAAGGAGUCAGGCUGAAGCACAGUGGAUGUGAGAAGGUAGGAGAAGAGCAGAGCAAAUCCAAACCGUGAUGAAAGCAUAGCGCCAAGGACUGUCGCAGUCUGAGACAAUGUGAAUGGUGGAGGCGCAGCAGAAUAUAGAAAACAAGAUCUGGUGAGUGAGACCACGAGCUAAGUAGAUCCAGCGUUUCCACUUGAACUGAGAGGAGCGGUGAUGAGGAGUGAAGUAGGAGUAGCGGCAAUGACAAGAUGAGCCGGAGAGACAGUAAUGACGAGGGAAGCAAGAAAUGUGGCGAUGAAGUGAGAAACGUGAAGCAAUGAGAGGAACAGUUGUGGCAGCGGUGACUACGAGAUGGACAAGGGAGUCAGUUACAAUGAGGGGAGCGAGUUGGAGCGACAGAGAGAAAUGACAACAUGAAGUAAAGCUGGUGGUGGUGGUGGUGGAGGACUGGCUGGAGAAUAGAAGAGAGAACAUAGUAGAGCUCGAUGCCAUCGAGCUAGAUCAAUGUCGAGUAAAAGCAGUUGAUGGCGCCUCGGAGAACAUUCCCGAGAGAGAAGUUCUAGCUAGAUACAUGAUACUAGACCUUGAUUUAUUAAUUCAAAAGUUGAAUAUAUUGCAACAAGGGUGUUGAAUUUUUGAAAGAAAUACAUGAUUAGACAAGUUGAAACUUUUUGGGGCCCUUUUGCCAUAUGUCAGCUUUUCAUUGGUUGUCCAAAUUCAUUUUUUCUUAUAAUCUAUAAAUAGAAACUAAUCUCGUUAUAUUUGGAUACUGAAAACACCAUUUUCAGAUUUUUGUAAUUUUAUUUGUUUUAAUAAUGAUUUUUUUUAUUUCUCGCCUUUAAUACUUGUUUUUAUUAAAAUUAUAGAACAAAAAAAAUAACAAAAAUUAUUUAAAACACUUGUUUAACUUUUAACUGUUGUAAUUUAAUUUUAAUCAAUAAUUGUUAAUAUGUUAUCACAAAAAACAUAUAAGAAAACAAAA